UAUCAUAUCUGAAAUCGCACACCAUCUAGAUCUAAACUCGCUCCACGACCUCUCUCGCACAUGCCGUCAAUACCGCGCCAACCUCCUCCAACAUCGUAAGCAAUUGAUGUUGCAAACCCUCCGCUGUGAAUCCGAGUCUCCUCUCAUCCCUGCAGGAGGGAAAUUAGGAAACUUCUUUCGAGAAACAGAGGAUGGAAAUUGGAAUACUCAUGGGCCAGAGGGGAUGAGGAUACCGAGGUUGACGAGUGGGAGGGUUGGUGCUUGUGCUAGGGACAUGGUGGGAGAAUGCAGGAGGUGUGGGAGUGUGGUUUGUAGGAAUUGUAUCAUGAAGGCUCCUUCGGCCAUUGCACUCAAGGCUCGACACAGAAGACUAUGUCGGACCUGUAUAAAAGCACCCUUGGACUCACAUCUUCGCAUCACACCUCCAGACACAGAGAACGAUCAUCGCAGUCAAACGUCGCACAGUUCUUCCACCCAACCCCUCUACCGCGACCCCUGCACCUGCUCCUCCCACAUCUGGAUCUGCUCCCCCUGCGGCACGACCCUCCGCACCCACGACACAUCCUACACCCGCGCCUGGACCUGGCGCUCCCGCUACAGCACAUCCUCCACCUCCCCACUCGGCACAGGGAUAGGCCACGGCAUCGAAGGCGUCCAAUGUGGCCGUGAAUCUCACUGUCUCUCCUCGCGCACAAUGUACAAAGAGAUAGAAUGUGAUGCUACAGAUACCCGCACGGGUGGUUACUUUUUACAGGAAAUGGAGGGCAUUGGAGGGGUUGUGAAGAAAAAGGUCAAGAGGAGGGUCGAGGUGGGAGAGGUGGUUAGGGAGGAUGUGGAUGAGGGGGAGGGAGGAAGGUUUUUGGCUAGGGAGGUUGAGGGGCUGGAUAGGAGUUGGUGUUCUUGGUGUGCGAGGGUCAUCUUGAGUAACAAAGAUGCGGCGAGGUUUGAUGGUGCUGAUGGAGAUCUGCUGGGUACAAGUCUCGUCGAGAGCGAUGUGAGCUCGAGCUCGAGCUCGACUCUAUGAUUGGGGUUUGACGUUUGGCGUUGGGAGUUUGACAAGAUCUAGCAUGUUGGUUCGUUAUGCAUCUGCCACUGUUAUCAAGCGACUCGCAUAGCCCAGCUUAUUACAUGGUACCU